UUUUAAAAUAGAAGUCGCUCUGAUAACUGAGCUCUUGUGUGUUAAUAUUUAUAAAUCUCACAUUAUGCAAUAGGAAACAUAAUCUAACAGCAUUAGUUGGUAGAUGUUUACUUGGAGUACCAAGAGGUGGCGCUUAUUUGUUUCAGUUUACCGGAACCAGAACUAUUUGCAGUGGGUGUAUCUUUCUAAUAGGUUGGGAUAUUUUUUAGAACUUCAUUUAGCAGGUUUAAACAAUUAAGUAAAAUUUAAAUUUAUGUUCUUAUUCAUCGAAACGCAUUUCAUUACUGCAGUGUUUACCAUUAUUUUUACUUUGUGACUUCGUAAGUUUAUCGAAAUAUCUGUUCAUCUUUGUAAUUGUGUAUACUGCACACCUAUAAAAAAUGCCUGCAGUUCGAGGAGAAGGCAUGCGCGGCCUAGCUGUUUUUAUUUCUGAUAUAAGAAAUUGUAAAAGUAAGGAAGCUGAGAUAAAAAGAAUCAAUAAGGAAUUGGCUAAUAUAAGAUCAAAAUUUAAAGGUGAUAGAGCUCUUGAUGGUUAUCAAAAGAAAAAAUAUGUUUGCAAGCUAUUAUUUAUAUUUCUUUUGGGCCAUGACAUUGACUUUGGUCAUAUGGAAGCUGUUAAUCUUUUAAGCUCUAAUAAAUAUUCAGAAAAACAAAUUGGAUACCUCUUUAUCUCUGUGUUGAUGAAUGCCAAUAAUGAGCUGAUGCGCCUUAUCAUUCAGUCAAUAAAAAAUGAUCUUUCUUCUCGCAACCCAAUUCAUGUUAAUUUGUCCUUGCAGUGCAUUGCAAAUAUUGGUAGUCGGGAGAUGGCUGAAACAUUUGGGUCUGAGAUUCCUAAACUUCUAGUGUCUGGUGAAACUAUUGAUUUAGUGAAACAAAGUGCUGCCCUCUGCUUACUAAGACUUUUACGUACUAUGCCGGAAAUAAUUCCUAGUGGUGAAUGGACUACUCGUAUUAUACACCUUCUAAAUGACCAGCAUAUGGGUGUGGUAACUUCUGCAGUAAGCUUAAUUGAUGCAUUCGUGAAGAAAAAUCCUGAUGAAUAUAAAGGCUGUGUGUCACUUGCUGUUUCCAGACUGAGCAGAAUUGUGACUGCCUCUUAUACAGAUUUACAAGAUUAUACAUAUUAUUUUGUUCCUGCUCCAUGGUUGUCUGUAAAAUUAUUACGCCUACUGCAGAAUUAUCCUCCACCAGAAGAUGCUGGUGUAAGAGGACGUUUAACUGAGUGCCUUGAAACUAUUUUAAAUAAAGCUCAAGAGCCACCCAAAUCCAAAAAAGUGCAGCAUUCCAAUGCAAAAAAUGCAGUUUUAUUUGAAGCCAUUAGUUUAAUAAUUCAUAUGGAUAGUGAGCCAAACCUUCUUGUAAGAGCAUGUAACCAGCUCGGUCAAUUUCUUCAACACAGAGAAACAAAUUUAAGAUACUUAGCUUUGGAAAGCAUGUGCUUGCUUGCUACAUCUGAGUUUUCUCAUGAAGCUGUCAAGAAACAUCAAGAAACUAUUAUUAAUGCACUGAAAACGGAAAAAGAUGUUAGUGUUCGUCAACGUGCUGUUGAUCUUCUCUAUGCCAUGUGUGAUAAAAGUAAUGCUGAAGAAAUUGUAGGAGAAAUGUUGUCUUACUUGGAAACUGCAGAUUAUUCAAUCCGUGAGGAAAUGGUGUUAAAAGUUGCUAUUUUAGCUGAAAAAUAUGCUUCAGACUACACGUGGUAUGUUGAUGUGAUACUGAAUUUAAUAAGAAUAGCAGGGGAUUAUGUUAGUGAAGAGGUGUGGUACAGAGUUAUUCAGAUUGUUAUAAAUAGAGAUGAUGUCCAAGGCUAUGCUGCCAAAACAGUUUUUGAAGCACUUCAAGCACCUGCUUGCCAUGAAAAUAUGGUGAAAGUAGCUGGCUAUAUUUUAGGUGAAUUUGGAAAUCUUAUUGCUGGUGAUCAAAGGUCUAGUCCUCUUAUCCAGUUUAAAUUGCUUCAUUCCAAAUAUCAUCUUUGCCCUGCUGCUACUAGAGCUCUUCUGCUAACAACUUAUAUAAAAUUUAUAAAUCUAUUUCCUGAAAUAAAGCAUGAAAUACAGUCUAUUCUUAAAAGUGAUAACAAUAUUAGAAGUGCAGAUGCAGAACUUCAGCAACGUACUGUUGAAUAUUUACAACUGAGUAGUAUAGCUACAUCUGAUGUAUUGGCCACCGUCCUAGAAGAGAUGCCUCCAUUUCCAGAAAGAGAAUCUUCUAUUUUAGCAAUCUUAAAGAAAAAGAAGCCAGGUGUGGCAGAAGGCUUGCCUCCAAAUGCUGUAACCAAAGAUCAUCCGGCUUUAUUUAAUCACAGCGUUGCAAAUAAUGGAGAAGUCAAUAAUAUGCCAGCUUCAACAACUAUUGAUCUCUUGGGCAUUGCUAGCUCACCUCCAAAUCCUCAAGCCCCAUCUGCACCAACGACAAAUGAUUUAUUAGUUGAUGUUUUUGGAGAUUUAGCAACUGCAUCUGUUCCAAAUUCUUCUUCAAAUAAUUUAGCGCCAGGAGCUAUUGUCAUAUCUAAUGAAGAAGGAUUAUAUAAGCUUAUAUGUAAAAACAAUGGAAUUUUGUUUGAAAAUGAUCUGCUACAAAUUGGAGUAAAGAGUGAAUUCAGGCAAAAUUUAGGACGUAUCAGUCUCUUCUAUGGAAACAAGACUCCUCUUCAAUUCAAUAAUUUUACCCCAACUGUAUCUUGUUCAGACAGCCUAAGUCAUAAAAUCAAUAUCCAAUGUAAACCUGUUGAACCUACAAUAGAUGCUGGUGCGCAAGUUCAGCAACAACUGAACGUAGAAUGUAUCGAUGAUUUUAAUGAAAAACCAGUUUUGACUAUCCAGUUCAUGUAUUCAAAUGUGCUACAAAAGCUGUCAAUGAAACUUCCUGUUACAAUAAACAAAUUUUUUGAGCCAACAGUGAUGAACUCUGAAGCAUUUUUCACAAGAUGGAAAAAUCUGAAUAAUCCUUCUCAAGAAGCACAAAGAAUAUUUAAAGCCAAGCAUCCCAUGGACAUAGAAACAACAAAAACAAAGUUGAAUGGAUUUGGAAUUAUGCUGUUAGAGGGUAUAGAUCCAAACAUAGAAAAUUUUGUGUGUGCUGGUAUCAUACAUACAAGUAAUGUUCAAGUCGGAUGCCUGUUACGUUUAGAGCCAAAUAAGCAGGCUCAGAUGUAUCGCCUGACUGUAAGAACUAGUAAAGAUUCAGUUUCAAAAGAACUAUGCGAGUUACUGCAGGACCAGUUUUGACCUUGUUUUUGAAAUGUCUCAUUAUAUAUAAAUACAUAUUAUAAAUCGGUGCAUUGGACUGUUGCACUUUUGUCAAUUAAAAUUGUGCUGUCUGGACUUGAAAAUCCGUAGAAUUAUUUAUAAUACCAGAUGUGAAAAUACUUUAAGCUGAAUGUUUCUGAUCAGGUUUUCAACUUACAGUAUUUUGUUCCUGACCUGGAGUGUAACUUUAAUGUAGGUCACAGUUCAUUUUGAUGGAAAAUGAAUAAAAUUUGUAUUGACAGAGAUGCCAAAGUUUACUAUUUCUAUGUACAUGCCUUGAAGGACUUGUUUUGAAUUAUGUUUUUAAUUGAUCAUCAGUGUUACUAUUUUUCCCCAUGAUCAUUCCAAAUUCCAAUCGUUAAAUAUUUUGUGGUUAAUCAUGAAUCAAGGAGAACUUAUUCUUCUGUUUUUAAAAUUCAUGUGUGUUUUGUAACAUUCCGUGCAUUCUUUAAUUUAAAAACUACUCAUUCCAUUUGUUAUUUUUCUUGUUAUGUAAAGAAAGAAAAAUUUACUGCAAAUAAAUUACACUGAAAUAGUAUUGAAUUUAUCAUUAAAUGUUUAUUGUACAUUUUUAUUUAUUGAAAUAAAAUUAAAUGCAAAUGCUGUAUACUUUAUUGAAAGAAAAAUGUGAAUUAAGAUAAGAAAUUGCAUUCAAAUCGUCAUAUCAUUGGGUGUUUGCUGUAUAUUUUAUGUAUUGAACCCUUAGAAGUUUUUCUUAUUUUUUUCUUUAAAAUUUUGAUUUCCUCAAUUUUAACAUCUAAAAUUCACGAGAGAUUAUGCUUCUUAUUUCUUUCAAAGCUGUGUGAUAUUUAUAAAUGUUUGUAUAGCUGAUACAUAAAGUUUUUGGCAUCUCUGUUCUUUAGAUUUAUAGUUAGCUUGUAGUAUACUUCUAUGUGAAAGAUGUCAUUGAGAAAUUAUUUGUAGCUGUUAUAUCCAUUUGGGUGUUAUGAGCUAUGAAGCAGUAGUGGUGCACAACCCGAACUCUGCCGUUUUUCUUACUAGCGGCAGUUAAAGUAUACCAAGUGUUUCCCCAGCAAAAUGUUUGUCAAAAUAACUUAAUUUUGAAUAUCAUGUAUGGUUUUAUUUAGAAACCUUAAUUCAAAUUUUAAUGCAAUACUUAUUGUAUGUAUUUUGUAUGUUAUUUGAAAAAGAUUUUAAAAUCUAUGAACUAACUAUGAGUAUUUUAUUAUUUGAAAGUUUGUUGAUUAUUUGUAUAUUGAGGUUAUGUUAUUUGUUUAAUUCCCAGUUCUUCAAAACAUUUUUGCAUUUGUUACGUUCUACUUUUCAAGUACAAUUUGGCUUCAUAUCAUUUUCUUUUUAGCAUAUAGCCUAUAUUAAUUUUUUACUGAAGAACUCACCACUGGAACUUUUAUAUAUCUGACUUUUAGUUCAUUACUGUUUUUUUCUUUUCUGCUGCCAUGAAAGAGAAUGUAAAAUUAAGGGGGAAACUUGCAAGAUACGCCUGAUUUUACACUAUCAUCUUUAUAUUAGCAUUUCAACUUUCUUCCAAACACUAACUUUCUUUUACUGAGCAUGGUGUUAAUUUUUUUUUACCAGAUGAGUUAAAUGUAGUUUUAUUAUAUUUACGAACCCAUUUUCAUAAAUGUUGGAUUGUUUCCAAGUAAUAUGGUACAGUUUCAUCUUGUGACAAGGAAAACUAUAUUCUUUUAUAUUUAACUUGUGCCAAGUAUUUAAAAGUGUUGCUGAAAGCUAAAAUUGCGAUCAUUUGUUUGAUCUCUAAGUCAUUGUUUUCCUAUUUCACAUAGUCUAAGAGUAAAACUAAUCUUCUGUAUUAAUGUAUUACUGUGCAAAUUUUAAGACUGCUGUCAUGUUUUCUGUGUUAUAUCUGUUUUGUGUCUAUUCAUCAGUAUAUCAUCUUAUUGUACCAUACAGUGGUGAGCUAUUAAAAGAAAAAAAAAAGGCUAAAGAGCUUCACAAUAAUACAUGUUGCUUAAUAUGUUUCAAUAUUAUAAAGUUUAGAGUUCUAAAGAGUUAAAAAUUAAAAUCAUAAAUCCAGAGUGUGAAUUUUCUCUGAAAAGUUUUACUUUUCUAAUAUAGAAGUUUUAUACAGAUUUAAAAUUAAAUUUAGUAGUUUGCUGAAGAAUUGCUCAGUUCUUUUUGUUAUCUGUCUUUCAAUGAAGUAAUUUUAUAAUGAAUUGAAUUUUAGUAUUUUCUGUUUAUGUACUGUAAUCUGUUUCUAUGUCCAAGAUUUUAUUUAUUAUAUUUGAACUGUAAUUCUGGUGAUUAAAGUAUGUGCCUCCAAAUUGCAAAUCACACAAUUUAUAAUUGUCUACCUUUUUUAGUAGAAAUAUGCUGUAAUUUAUCAUUUUUGAUUAUUUUUCAUUAAAUAUAAGAUCUGGAAUCUUUGCAGUAGUUUGUCAAUAAAAUGCCGAUUUUGUUUUAAA